AUGUCGUCUACCGCACCCUUCAGCAUACCGCCGCGCGUCGCCAUCGCCGACCACCAGGCUGGCGAGGCAAGGCAGGGAUCAGAGAUGGCAGGACCCGCCCAGGUAGGAAGGCAAGUCGACAACCUGGAGCGAGCCUUUGCCACCGACUUUGCCAGCCCCUGGCCGGCCACUGUCCGCCCUCUGCCCCUGCAGUCGGUCCCUGAAGCGGAGCAAAUCGACGACGGAGAAGAGACGCCGCAUUGCACCUUUGAUCCGCUCGACCGCUUUCCGCGCCGUCCAUCGCUCCAGCCUUCGUCGGCCCACGGCGAGCACCUCGUCCGCACCAGGACCGAAAGCGUCUACUCGCACUUUGAGAUCGGCAUCCUCUCCGCCUUUCCCUCGCCGCCGCUGUCGCCGCCCCCGUCGAUCGCGCCGGGCCCCCACAGCUGCACAUCGCACGACAGCCCGCUGCUGCCCCUGCUCUCGACCCGGGAGGAUGACGCGCCGUCCGCCACACUGCACGACACCCUCGACGGGCGCGAGGAUGGCGAUGCGAGGGCGAGUCUGGACCUCGGCUGGCCCUCGAGCUUCUUCUGCGCCGGGUCGAGCCGCAGAUCGUCGUUCUACCCGGCCGACGAGCACGAGAGCACCGCUAGAUCGGUGCAAGUCGUGCGCCGCACGCCCUCGACGCCCGCAGCAGCGUUCAUCAACGCCGUCUAUUCGAUGCAAUUGGCCCAUGCCGGCCUGUUGACGUGGCUCCGAAGCCAGGAUGUCACCGGGACGCGCGACACCGCGACCUCCAGUUCUGCGGCUGCCGCGCAAGAUGACGCUCCGGCCACGUCCGGCGAAGCUGCGAGCGGCAUUGAUCUUACUCCGCGUGCAAAGUCUCGCAUCCUGAGGCAGACGGCAUCUCCGGCGCCCUCCUACCACCUUCCGGCUCCGCCUCCGCUGCCGGACCCGUCUGUCCUCUUCUCGCUGAGCAUCCCGACGUCGUCCGAAGAGACCCUCGGCGCCGGCGCGGGAAGCCCACUUGAUGCGGCCUACUCGCCGGCGCCGUCCGACUCGACCUUCUGGUCCUCGACGUCGCAUCGUAGCUCGAUCGAUUCGAGCGCUGCUGCCGCUUCCAAGGGCGAGGCGGCCACGCUCCUCGGCGAUGCGCCCGGCAGCUCUGCCACGUCCACCUCAACCUCGAGCGGCUGCGGCGAGCCGACGAGCGAUGCGACGCACGCGGAACGUGAGACGCUGCUUCAGUGUCUCCAAGCGGCGCUUCCCGGCGCCGCGCCCUUCCACACCGGCCGCCGCCGCCGCAGCCGUCGACACGACCCCCGUCUCCAGUCCCACUGA